GCGGCGCCGCUGGGUCCUGGGGCCGGGGUGCUCGGGCGGGCAGGGCAGGGCAGGGCAGAGCAGGACGGGCCGGGACGGGCGCUGAGUGAACCGGAGCCUGUCAGUGCCGCCCCGGGGUCCCGUCCGCGCCGGCCCGGCUCUGCCGUCUGAGCGUCCGGGAGCUGCUCAGAAGCCAACAUGUCCCGAGAGACUGAAAGUGAAGUACAGCAGACUCAAGUUACCCAGUCAUCACAGAGUUCCUCUUCCAGUGGGUCACAGAGUACUAGUCAGUCUUCCUCAAGUUCUGGGACCCUCAGUUCUUUGGACACUGUUCCCACUCAGGAGCUUGCAUCGAUCCCUGAGGACCAGGAACCUGAAGAGCUGGUUCCUCAGCCGUGGGGUCGACUCUUUGCACUUGCAAAAGGCUUCAGCAACUGUGACUGUGUGAAUGAUGAAUACUGGUUUGGGAGAGACAAAAGCUGUGAUUACAGUUUUUCUAAGCUAGGAUUGUAUGAGACUGGCUUCUAUGAAAACUAUAGCAAGAAGCACUUCCGAAUUUUCAGGGAAAUGGGUCCCAAAAAUUCCUAUGUUGCCUACAUUGAAGACUAUAGUGCAAAUGGAACAUUUGUGAAUAAAGAGCUUGUUGGAAAAGGGAAGAGGCUUCCACUGAUUCACAACUCUGAAAUUGCACUGUCUCUACAGACCAAUAAGGUGUUUGUAUUUUCUGAUCUUACGGUGGAUGAUCAGAUGACAUUUCCUAGAGAAUUGAGAGAGAAAUAUAUCAUCUCAAAGACUUUGGGAAGUGGCGCCUGUGGAGAAGUCAAACUGGCGUUUGAGAAGAGCACUUGUAACAAAGUGGCAGUGAAGAUCAUCAAUAAACGGAAGUUUGCGGCAAGCGGCCUGAGAGAGGCAAACCCAGCUUUUAAUAUCGAUACAGAAAUUGAAAUUUUGAAGAAAAUAGAUCACCCUUGCUUAAUCAAGAUCAAAAACUUUUUUGAAGCAGAGGAUUACUACAUUGUUUUGGAACUGAUGGAAGGAGGAGAAUUGUAUGACAGAGUGUCAAGGCCAGUCAAGAUGAAAGAAGCUACCUGCAAGUUGUAUUUUUAUCAGAUGCUGCUGGCAGUAAAGUAUCUUCAUGACAAUGGAAUUAUACACCGAGACCUAAAGCCAGAAAAUGUGCUACUUUCAUCUUCUGAAGAGACGUGUCUCAUAAAGAUUACAGAUUUUGGACAAUCCAAGAUUCUUGGAGAAGCUUCUCUUAUGAAAACAUUAUGUGGUACUCCCAUGUAUCUUGCUCCUGAGGUUCUAAAUUCACUUGGGACUGCUGGAUACAGCCGAGCUGUGGACUGCUGGAGUUUAGGAGUUAUUCUUUUUGUAUGCUUGUGUGGUUAUCCACCAUUCAGUGAGCAAAAUACUCAGCUCUCUCUGGAAGAACAAAUCACUCGUGGAAAGUACACGUUCAUUGCAAGAGAAUGGAAGCACGUGUCAGACACGGCUCUGGAUCUUGUGAAGAAGCUGUUGGUAGUGGAUCCAUGCAGACGUCUUACCACAGAGGAAGCCUUAAAGCAUCCUUGGCUUCAGCAGGGUCAGGAACACAUUACACCUCUGGUGAACAGUAUUGUCUUUACAAGUCAGCACGGAAAAACCCUAUGCGACCAGGUAAUGCCUGUUAGCCCUCUGAUGAUUUUGGGUAUGCUAGGGAAUUUUUCAGAUAUUAAAAGUAAGCAUCUUCUCCAAACAGUAUUUAAUUUUUACAGAUUUAUUUAAACCAGUAGUGCUUUCAAAUAAGUGUUUUCAAUACAUGUGCUGUUUACUCCAUUCUUUGCUAAAAUCUACAGCUUUAAAAUUUAGUUAGCUGCUUAAACCUAAGUACUACUCAGUGGAAAUGUCCUACCUACAUUUAAUAAAACAGGUGCUUAAUAAAACAUUUCUCAAAAGCAUAUAAAUAAUUGCUGUUUCUGCCUCUUAAAACUUCACUGAGGUCUUAUGAAUGGGACUUAGUUUGGUUGCAUGCUGAAGAAAACACUCAGGUGUUUGUUAAAUAAAUGGAAAAAUAUUUAUCUUAUCCAUUAACUCAAAGGUAGCCACGGUCAAAUCAGGUGAUGCUGGAAAAGAAAAACAAGUCAAAAUUCUAUAUCAAAUAAAAUGAAUGUUCACAUCACAGCCUUUGUGUUAGGACUUAAGAACAUAGUUAAACAAAAAAGGAUAUACUGCAACACUCCAUUGCUUAGAAAAAGGAACCCCUCCCCUGCCUUCCCCCAAGAAACUUAGUAACAACAGCUGAAAUCCUUAGGAGCGCAGUGAUUGUUAUUUCUAAUUGUCUCUAGCAGUGAAUGUCCCAUUCACUUCUCUUGGAGUUUCCCAUUCUUUGUUUUUCUCUUAAAUAUUCUGUCUACUACUUGGCUACUGUUUUUUUUUCCCCAGGAUGAGGAUAUGAAGAGUACAUUUCAACAGCUACUUGCUCAGACACGUGCCAGUAUGAAUCCACCACAAACAUCAAA